AUGUAUCUGUCAUCUUUCUUCUCUACGGCUCUUGCCGUCGUUGCCAUUGCAGGGUCAACUGUCUCUGCAGCACCUUUCCCCAGCCUCCCCGGCUCGAUAACAAUGGUACGGAUCAAGCCGAAUUUGCAAAUUAGAUAUGAGACCUCGGAAGCACAUGACGACAACUGGAUCGGAAUCUACUACCCCAGUUAUGGAGGUCCCGAGAAGGAGAAGUACGUCAACGAUGCCAUCGAGUGGAAGCCGGCCAAAGGGGAGAAUGGCGUUGUCGAAUUGGACAUCGAAAAACUUCAGCCGGGCAGAUAUACCGUCUACUUCCUGUCCCAGGGUGGAUACAAGUGGCAGUCAAUACCCAUCGACGUCGUCAUCACCGGCAGUGGCCCGCUCAAGUUCAUCAUCAACAACUUUACCACCCACAAUGCUCGCGUCGGUGACUACUUUGAUGCAGUCAUCGCCGGGCUGCUGGGCAACCCCGAGGAUCAGGACACCAACUUUGUCAAGAAGGAAGGGCCUGACUGGGUCCAGGUAACUACUGAUGGCAGUCUAUUUGGCACCCCCACGGCCGGCGGCCUGUCCCGAGUUGCCGUUGAGGCACAGGCCAAGAGUGGCGCCAGGGCCCUGUUGAUCGUCUACAUCCCGGUGCAUAAUGCCGGGGCGUCUCUGGUCGAGCAGCUCAGCGUCGUGACACUGAACCUUUGGUAUGGGGGCCGCGAGGUCAAGGACGCCCAUCGCAAGCAGAUCCAGUACAUUGCCAACAGCGGCGCCGACGUGGUUGGCCUGCAGGAGACCAUGGACACGCACGGCAUCCGUUUGGCCAACGCUCUGGGCUGGCACGUCUGGCAGGGCAAGAGCGCCGCCAUCAUCGCCCGCUACCCCAUUGCCCAGGUCUAUCAGGCAACUGGUGUCUCUGGAGCGGUGCGCCUCGAGCUCGAUGGCAACAAGCGAGAAGUCAUUGUCUGGAACGCCCACCUCGCCGACAAGCCCUACGGACCAUAUAGCUUGUGCUUCGACAGGCUCGCGCCCGUAGAGGUCCUGAGACACGAGGAGGAAUCUGGGCGGGAGGCGCAGAUGCGGGACAUCCUUUACAAGAUGAGGCCCCAUCUCGGCAACGCAAAGAAGGUGCCCGUCAUCUUGACCGGCGACUUCAACGCCCCGUCGCACCUCGACUAUACCGACGCCACGCGCUGGAGGCACUGCAACGCGGGCCGCAUGGAGUGGCCCACGUCUGUGCAGGCCGCCAAGGCCGGUCUCGCUGACUCGUUCCGCGAGAUUCACAGCGACCCUCUUCAAGUGCCUGGCAACACGUGGUCGCCCAUCUAUCGCAGCAACGACGGCCGCCACGAGCCUGAGGACCGGAUCGACUUCAUUCACCACAAGGGCCUUCUUCGUCCCAUCGUGGCGGAGGUGGACGUUUGGGGAACGCACCGCUUCGAACCCCAUCAUGCCGACAACGAAUGGCCAAGCGACCACGCCGCCGUCAGGACCAUCUUCUCAUUCCCUUGA